AUGACUCCCGCAACUCCAAAAGCCACAGUCAGGAUCAAUGAUCUGCUCCGUUCCCGCCUCCACCAAGAUGAACUUGGACAGUUGAUGAAACCAGCUGGAGGCUACAGCGAAUUCCUGAUCGACGAUUCUGAAGUUCAAUUCCCAGGAGAGGUCCAGCCGGUGGUAGUGAACUUGUAUGGGUUUAGCCUGCAAGGAGUCCAAUUGUUGCUUGAUGAAAGUAAUCAGGAGCCGAAAGGCCCAUGGUCCAAAGGAGAUAACACUCUGACUGACCUGGAGCUAUUGGCCCAAUCAAUUAUCUUUAUCUUUUCUGGCUAUGAGAACACCAGAAGUACUCUCUCAUUCCUCGUGUAUUGCCUGGCCUCCUAUCCUGACGUCCAGCAGAAACUGCAGCAGGAGAUUGAUGCCACUUUCCCCAGUAAGGAACCACCCGCCUUUGACACCCUGGAGCAAAUGGAAUACCUUGACAUGUUGGUGAGCGAAACUCUCAGAUUAUAUCCAUCUGCUGGCCUACUCGAGAGGGUCUGUAAGGAAGAUGUGGAAAUCAAUGGGCUGCUCAUCCCCAAAGGCACAGUGGUCAUGAUGCCCAUCUUUGUUCUCCAUAAAGACUUGGAACUGUGGACAGAUCCUGAGGAGUUCCAUCCCGAAAGGUUCAGCAUUCAGAACAAGGACAACAUCAGUCCUUAUGUCUACGUGCCCUUUGGAGCUGGUCCCCGGAAAUGUAUUGGCAUGAGGUUUGCUCUCAUGAGCCUGAAACUUGCUGUUGUCAAAACACUGCAGAACUUUACCUUCAGACCUUCUGAAGAAACACAGAUUCCAAUGAUAUUAGGGAAGCAAUUGCUGAUUCAACCAGAGAAACCCAUCAUUCUGAAGGUUGAGCCCAGAUGA